UGAACUAAAGCGUCAGGAAGUGUUUGUCUUAUGAGAGCCAUGCAGCACCGCAGGAAAUGAUGCGGGUCUCUAGUAAUCAUUAGCUCAGGCCAGGAGUGUUUACUCAAGGGUCAAAGUGCAGAGUGAAGGUCAAUCUGAGUCUCUGCGGCUGAGGGUCGUGUAUAGCAGGAUAUUCCAGGUUGAUCCAGACUGAUUGAUCUGAAUCCGGAUCUGAUCAUGGAGAGCCCGCAGCAGAUGAUCACGAGGGUCUCGCAGGAGCUGGACUGCAGCCCCACGUCACUCAGGCUGGCAGAACAUCUGGACCGGCACGACCCGCUCCGACACCUGCGGCAGGAGUUCCUCAUGCCCAGAGUAUCAGACCUGCCUCCGGCGGAUCUGACACUUGUUGACGGUUCUGAGGAUUGUGUUUAUUUUGCUGGGAAUUCACUUGGUCUCCAGCCGAAAAACACCAAAAAAUACAUUGAUGAGGAGCUGGAGAAAUGGGCCAAAACAGGCGUCCAUGGCCACACGGAGGGGUCGCGACCUUGGGCCUGGGCCGAAGAGACCAUCGAGGGUUUGAUGGCCAAGAUUGUGGGUGCUAAACCUGAGGAAGUGGCUCUGAUGAACGGACUGACUGUCAAUCUGCAUCUUCUCAUGCUUUCCUUCUACAAACCGACUCCAAAACGCCAUAAAAUUCUUCUGGAGGAGAAGGCCUUUCCGUCAGAUCACUACGCCAUUGAAUCUCAGAUCCAGCUGAGAGGAAUGGAUGUGGCGGACAGCAUGCUGAUCAUCAAACCCCGACAGGGUGAAGACACUAUAAGGACGGAGGACAUCGUGUCCGUCAUCGAGCAGGAGGGCGACACCAUCGCUCUGGUCAUGCUCAGUGGCGUUCAGUAUUACACCGGUCAGCUGUUCGACAUGGAGACCAUCACUAGAGCAGGACACGCCAAGGGGUGUGUAGUAGGGUUUGAUUGUGCACACGCCGUAGGAAACGCAGAACUGCGACUUCACGACUGGAACGUGGAUUUUGCGUGCUGGUGCUCCUAUAAGUAUGUGAAUUCAGGGGCCGGUGGUCUGGCAGGUGCAUAUAUCCAUGAGAAACACGCUCACAGCAUCAGACCCGCACUGAUGGGCUGGUGGGGACACGACCUGAAGACCAGAUUCCUCAUGAACAACGAAAUGGAGCUUCAGCCUGGUGUUAAUGGAUUUCGUCUUUCCAAUCAGCCCAUCUUACUGGUGUGCCCCCUACAGGCCAGUCUAGAGAUUUUCAAUAAGACGACGAUGAAGGAUCUGAGGAGGAAGUCGGUGCUGCUGACGGGGUAUCUGGAGUAUCUGAUCAGACAUUACUACACCAAAGACGAGUCGAACCCUGAUAAAGCCUCCGUUCACAUCAUCACGCCCUCUGACCCCGAGCAGAGAGGCUGUCAGCUGUCUCUGUCCUUCUCUCGUCCAAUCAGAGCCGUGUUUCAGGAGCUGGAGAAGAGAGGAGUCGUGUGUGACAUGCGAGAGCCCAGCGUGCUGCGAGUCGCUCCGGUGCCGCUCUACAACUCCUUCACUGAUGUUCACCGCUUCAUCAGCGUUCUGGGAUCAGCUCUGAGCGCCGCCGGAGUUUAACGCUGACGCUCCGCUCCUAUUGGUGCCACAACAGGUUUAGAGUGUUUUUAUUGGCUGCUGUUACUCUGAGAAGCUGCUCAUUAACAUGACGAGUCUGUGUUCAUUACUGACCAGUCAGUUUUAUAUGUGAAUGUUUGCAAAUGGCCAAUAAACAUUUGUCUUUUCA